AUGAAGAUCACCAUCGUCGGCGCCGGAAUAGCAGGCCUCUCUCUCGCCAUUGCGCUCAAGAAAUCAAAAACGACCCAUCACGUCAGUAUAGUCGAAUCAGAAAAACACCUCGCAGAGCUAGGUGCCGGAGUCCAACUUACCCCACAAGCAGUCAAGUACCUUUUCCAAUGGGGUCUCAAAGAAGAUCUACUUAACGAAUGCAUCAAGCCUGAGAAAAUUCUCUUCAAAGACUGGAAAGAUAGCAGGCUCAUUGGUGCGCUGGACAUGACUAGCUUCGAGGAGGAGUACGGGGCGCCUUAUAUCGUCAUUCAUCGCGCUACGCUGCUUGCUAUAUUAUACCGGCACGCCAUUAGCGCUGGGGUAGUCAUUUACUUUGUUCACGAGGUGACGGAUUACCGUGUUUUUGAAGACACGCCAGAUAUUGAAAUAGACGGGGGCCGCAAUUAUCUUGAUUCAUCGCUGGUCAUUGCCGCUGACGGCAUAAACUCUUUCGCCCGAUCACAGCUUCUAGGCGCCGAUGAUCCUGGUACAAAGCCUACCGGCUGGGCUGCGCUAAGAAUGAUGGCUGAGGUAUCAAAGAUCAAAGCCAAUCCUGUCACAGCCAAUCUCGUGGAUCUAAGCACCCACAACUCGAACUUCUGGGUUGCCCCUGACAGGUCGUGCAUGGUGUAUUUGAUCAAGGAUGCAUCAAUGCUAAAUAUCGUUCUAUCUCAUCGGGAUGACGUCGACAUGAAAGAUUGCACAUACGAAGAGCACAAGAAGGUCAUUUAUGAUCUAUUUGGGGACUUCGAUUUGCCCGUAAAAACACUUCUCGAUCUCGCCCUCCCCAAAAUAACAAACUACCCCGUCCACGCCGUCCCUCCACUCCCAACCUGGUCCAACCCAUCCGGCACCUUUGCUCUCGUCGGCGACGCCGCACACGCAAUGGCCUUCUACAUGUCCAUGGGUGUCAGCCUCGCAAUCGAAGACGCAAUAUCCCUCUCAACAGCCCUAGACCUCGCUUACACUAACACAAACACAAACACCCACUCACUCAACGCCAAAGCCCAAAAGCACGCACUCGACGUCUUCGAACAUGUCCGCAAGCGCAGAGUAGCAGCAGUCCAAAGCGCCAGUCUACAAGCCGGUAAUUCCUACCAUGUCUCCGAGGGAAAGGAGCGAAAAGCACUGUACGAGUUGAUCAGCCGGUGUAACGAGUCGGUGGAACUGGAACUUGAAUCGGAGUCUGAGAUUUGCGGCAUGUCAGGCGAGGAGAAGCGGAUACCUUGCCAGGGCUCGGGGGAGGUCGGUGGUCUUGCUAAUCAGCAUAUUAGAGAUUGGUGUUAUGGGUAUGAUGCCAUUGGGGAAAUAGAAGCAUACUUUAUGGACUCGGAGGCGGAGAACGGAAAACCUCCUCUACCAGCCCGUCCACGCCCUUAG